UAUGAAAUCUCUAUUUAAACGAAAAAUAGGUAGCCCAAAAAAACUGCCCCUCGCCGCUCCCCGGGAAACCGCUCUCCGGCUGGAGACCCCGACCGCGCGAAAAAAUCGCCGAUCUUUCCACCUCGCCGUAGUUCUUUUCGCGCCCCCUAUACAUAACUACCAACCUCUCCCUCCCUCGGCCCGGUCUCUCGUAACGGGAAAACACCAUUGUGUCCGAACCCGGUCCGCCGGCAGCUACAGAUCGCCCACCGUGGGAGCUGGCGGGGUAGAGUCCUCGGCAAGGGGCUAGGGUUUCUCUCCUCCUCCUCCUCCUUCUCUUCCUCCUCCUACUCCUCCUCCUCCUCCUCUUCCUCUCUCUCUAGUGUUUGCUCUGGUCUCUCCUCUGACGCUGCCUCGAGAUUCGUGUGCGGAGGGAGUGAUGGCGCUGGCGCCGCAGCCGAGAGGGGUGCUCGGCGGGCUGUGCACCGGGGGAGUGUGGUCGUACGGGGUUCUCUGGCGCGUGGAUCGCUGCGAUCCCCGGUUGCUGAUGGUGGAGGAUUGCUACUUUGAAGAGCGGGUUCAAGGAGUGCUUGACAAGAUACUUAAUCAGGUCCACAUGGUUGGAGAAGGAAUCAUUGGAGGGGCAGUUAUAAGUGGGAAGCAUCAGUGGAUCUAUUCUGAUAUUUAUGGUAUAGAUUUGAGCCCGACCAACUCUACUGACAAUCCAGACGUAUUUCAGAGUAAUGCGGAGUGGCAACAUCAGUUUACUGCUGGAAUUAAGACUAUUGUCAUCAUUUCUCUGCCAUCACUAGGUGUGGCUCAGUUUGGUUCCCCUGAGAAGAUUCCAGAAAAUUUGGAGUUUGUAAAUCAAGUUAAGCAUUCAUUGGAGCAGGUGGAAAACAUAGUGGGCCUUCUUCCACAUGGAGUAGCCCAUAAAGCUUUGACAACUCAUGAUGAGAAUGCAGCAUCUGCCUCUGCAAAUUCUUCAGGAACUGCUUGCAAUUGUUAUGACAACACCAAUUCCUUGCAUGGAGACAUAAGAGAAAAGUGUAUGACAAACACGGAACCUCUGAGAGGACCUGUGCAGUUUCCAAGUAUUUUCUCUCAGGGAUCUUUCCAUGGCUUCACAUCUCAUAGUGGGAGCAUGAAUCCUAUAGUAUCCAUGCUAGGAGUUGCCGUUUCUGAAAGUUCCUGCGACCGAUUUCAGAAAAUACCCUCUGUCAGCAGGAAUUCCUCAUUUCACCGUGCAAACCAAUAUCCUGCAGCCAGUGCUGAAGCUCAAGUACUACUGUACCCUAACAUACAGUUUCAGUCUGAUUCUUAUUUUCCCAACGAUUCAGUUGCUACCAACUUGAAUGCAUAUACCUGGGCCAAGGGAAUUGCAGAUCUUGCAGUGGAGCAGAGACUGUUAUCUGGGAUGGGGAUGCAGGGGUUUUCUAGCUUGUUUCCUACUAGUUCAUAUCUUUCCGUUCCUCAGGUGAAUGCACUUCGUCAAGUUUAUGGAGACUCCUCUUCAUCUUGUAGCACAUAUAGAUCGUGUGAUACAGUGCCUGGGUCAAGAUCUUCUGAGAUAAGCAAAACUUGCACUAAUGGUGCAGAGAAGUUGCUAGAACUCCGACAUUCAUCUUUGUCAUCUUUGACAGUGGGUGGUCUAUCCGGUGCCAAAUCCUUUUGCCCGGAACUUGCAGAUACUUUUGUCACUUUACAAGACAUGACAACUGAAAAUUCUCCAUUGCUUCAUUCAGAGAAUGAUUCCUUAAAUGAUCUAAAUCAUCUGAAUGAUCAACCCCCAGAGCGGGCCUCUGACCGGUCUGUCAAAAUGAAUGAAACUCCGCUAGGUGCCAGUUCUGUAUCAGCUUGUUUGGCUGAACUUGAUGGGAGUGGCUGCACUCCAGUGACUGGAUUACAAAUUAUGCCAGUUAAGAACUCCACUGCAGCACAAUUGAACUCUAUGGGCACAGGAAAUGGUGGGAAAGAGAGCUCUUCAAUUACACCCACUCAACCUCUUUCCCAUAAUGACCUGUUUGACGGAAUGGAAUUGGAUCUGAGCCCAAGCAUUCUUGUGCAGGAAUGCUGGGAUGACAUAAUAAUGCCAGUAGGCAGUGGCAGUUGUUCAAACUUGAGUGCUAAUGUCUCAGAAUGCAUAUCAGAGUUGGACAUGGGCUCCACGGCAGGUGCUGAAAAAGGACUGUUCUCAGACUCUGGUCUUGAACAAUUAUUGGAUGCCAUAGUUGGUGAGAGUGGUAAUAAAGCUUCUACUCAUAAUUCUGCGGCUAUUAAUGUCGAUCCUAUUGCCAGUCUUGAUUCAAAGCAUAAGUUUUCUACAAGUACUAGAGUAGGUGGGCCUUCACUGUACACAAAUCAGGUUGCGCUGGCAGGUCUUCCUUCCACAGGUACUAUAUCUGAUGUGCUGUUACCUCAUUGUAACUCAGAGAAGAUCAUGCAUGGAUCACCAAAAGAGCCACUUUCAAAAUCCCGCGUCAGUUCGUGGAUUGAUGACAGUUGCAGUAUGAAUGCUGGGAGUGCUAUGAUCAAUCAGCCAAAGAAGCCUGAAGAAGCUGUCAAGGUUGUCAAGAAAAGGGCACGACCUGGGGAAAGCACACGGCCAAGGCCAAAAGAUCGCCAGCAAAUACAAGACCGUGUGAAGGAGCUACGAGAGAUCGUGCCAAAUGGUGCAAAGUGUAGCAUUGAUGCUUUGUUGGACCGCACCAUAAAACACAUGCUCUUUUUGCAAAGCGUAACGAAAUAUGCAGACAAAAUCAAGCAAGCUGAUGAGCCAAAGAUGAUCGGUGAGGAGAGUGGCGUCGUUUUAAAAGACAAUUCAAAUGGUGGCAGUAGUGGUGGUGCGACCUGGGCAUAUGAAGUUGCAGGACAAACCAUGGUCUGCCCAAUAAUAGUCGAGGACCUCACCCCCCCUGGUCAGAUGCUAGUUGAGAUGCUUUGCGAAGAACGUGGGUUCUUUCUUGAGAUAGCAGACAUCAUUCGUGGAUUUGGGUUGACUAUCUUGAAAGGAGUGAUGGAAAUUCAUGACAGUAAGAUCUGGGCACGUUUUUUAGUUGAGGCUAACAGAGGUGUGACCAGGAUGGAUAUAUUUCUCUCCCUUGUUCAACUUUUGCAACAAACUAGCAGUGCUCGGUCUAGCGACCAGCCGGCUAAGGUUAUUGACAAAGGGGCUCCCACAUUCACUAAUUAUCAGCAAUCUCCGGUGUCAAUUCCCAUUAGUCUGGAAGACAGAUUGCACUGAUCUAAGCAUGGUAUCAUCUCAAGAAAUGCCUUGGUAGGUCAUGUGUUCCAAUUGAUGGCAUUCUAGACUCAAGGAAUCGAUGUCCACCGAGACAGUAAAUGGAGGUGUCUGGUCGUGCAUUGCAGAUGAACAUGUCCAUUCCUGGAUAAGAAUGCGACCUGCAGCAGCGACAGUGGGAGAUGGAAUAGAGCUUGCCAUAUAUUUGAGAAGUACAUCAUCAGAGGAACGGUCAGUCUGCUUUGGAUGUAUAGUUUCCCUACAGAAUGAAAUAAUCAGAAGAAUCCGUGCAGGGAAACAUGAGUUCAAGGCAAGAGGAAUUGGCUCUGGUGCAUAAGCUUGGCCAGGGGAAUGUGUUUAUAAUUGUCUUUUAACCAUGUAGAGCUGUUGAUAUUUGGACGUUUUGGUUCUCUGUCUAACCUGUUUAUAUGGAAUCGAUGCUUUUGACCUGAUCACUGGUUCAACCUGUCUUCA